UAAGUCCAAUAUAUCUAGCUCUACUACGUUUCUAUUGAUCUAAUCCAUCUUUCUGUCUUGAUCUGUGAGUCAUAGCCGUUUGUGUUGUUGCUACAUGUCAUGCUUUUCAUUUCCUAGUGCGAUGCACCGAACCACCGCAAGAGGGAGACAAAGCCCAAAGAAAAGUGCAGUUUGUUCCUCUUUUGAGCGGCUCAAGUGGGCGUAACGUCCCAAACGCGACCCCCUGCGGCGAAAACUCACUUAGAAACUUUUCUAUUGCUUUUAGUCCACUUGCAACCAGACAACGGAUGCUGUUGUCGUGACGUCACCAGCAUCCAGAGUCUACUAUUGGUCAUUAAUCAACAAUGUGUUGCGCAAAAAGCGGAAAUGUGUGUGCGUGUGAUCGGCUAGUGGCGCCAUCUCCCUCCCGUGCGCGCUCCGGGCUGCGGUGGGUUGGACCGUUGCUGUUCGUUUUCCGGUCCAGCUUGCGCGCGCGCACGCACGCACGCACGCUCACGUCGAAAAGUUGCGCAGCAGCUGAGCAAGUGGACGCCCGGCUUCACAGGCGACGACAUCCCGCUGCGGCGAUGCUGACCGCCAGAUGAUCUGACGCGAGAAGAAGAGAAGACAUCAGACGCCGUCCGUCCGUCCGUCCGUGUCGCGAGCGAGCGUCCACGAUGGGUUGCGCUUGCUGCAAGCAGAAGAAGUCGGCCAAACCGGAAGCGUCCGCCUUGACCGGCGGCGCCGACGCUUCCGCGCCGUCGCUAGGCGACGCCGACGGCGCCUCGUCGUCGUCGGCGGCGGCCGGCGCGGCGCAGGGGCGCUACUGUCCGGACCCCACGCAGGCCAUACCGGACUUCAACAAGGGAUUCUCCGGCGGCGCCGUCUUCCCCAACUCCAACACGCAACACUGGAACGCCGGAGUCACGAGCGGCGGCGUGACGCUCUUCAUCGCGCUGUACGGCUACGACGCUCGCACGGAGGACGAUCUGACCUUCCAGAAGGGGGAGAAGUUUCAGAUCAUCAACAACACCGAAGGCGACUGGUGGGAGGCUCGUUCGUUGGACACGGGCAACGCCGGAUACAUCCCGUCCAACUACGUCGCUCCGGUCGACUCCAUACAGGCCGAGGAGUGGUAUUUCGGAAAGAUGGGGAGGAAGGAUGCGGAACGGCAACUGCUGGGCCACGGCAACCAGAGGGGGACUUUUCUCAUCCGCGAGAGCGAAACCACCAAAGGCGCUUACUCGCUGUCCAUCCGCGACUGGGACGACAACAAGGGAGACCACGUGAAGCACUAUAAGAUCCGCAAGCUGGACAACGGCGGCUACUACAUCACCACCCGGUCUCAGUUUGACACCGUGCAGCAGCUGGUGACGCACUACACAGAACGAGCGGCGGGGCUGUGCUGCCGCCUGAUUGGCAGCUGCAAGCGGGGCAUGCCCAAGCUGGCCGACCUAUCGGUGAAGACCAAGGACAUGUGGGAGAUUCCCCGCGAAUCCCUGCAGCUGAUUAAAAAGUUGGGCAACGGCCAGUUUGGAGAAGUUUGGAUGGACACUAACGACGGGCUGUGCUACUACCUGACCAAGGCCUGCCCCAACUGCACGCCGCUCACCGUGGGCCUGGGCCGGGACGCCUGGGAGGUGGCCCGGUCCAUGCUGUCCCUGCAGAGGAAGUUGGGACACGGCUGCUUUGGGGACGUGUGGAUGGGCAUGUGGAACGGGACCACCAAGGUUGCGGUGAAGACGCUGAAGCCGGGCACCAUGUCGCCCGAGGCCUUCCUGGAGGAGGCUCAGAUCAUGAAGAGGCUGCGCCACGACAAGCUGGUGCAGCUCUACGCCGUCGUGUCCGAGGAGCCCAUCUACAUCAUCACCGAGUUCAUGAGCCAAGGAAGUUUGCUGGACUUCUUAAAAGACGGCGAGGGCCAAAACCUGAAGCUCCCGCAGCUUGUGGACAUGGCGGCGCAGAUCGCGGCGGGGAUGGCCUACAUCGAGAGGAUGAACUACAUCCACAGAGACCUGCGCGCCGCCAACAUCCUCGUCGGAGACAACCUGGUGUGCAAGAUCGCGGACUUCGGCCUGGCCAGGCUCAUCGAGGACAACGAGUACACCGCCAGACAAGGGGCCAAGUUCCCCAUCAAAUGGACGGCGCCGGAAGCGGCGCUGUACGGACGCUUCACCAUCAAGUCGGACGUUUGGAGCUUCGGCAUCCUGCUGACCGAGCUCAUCACCAAGGGCCGCGUGCCCUACCCAGGCAUGAACAACCGCGAGGUGCUGGAGCAGGUGGAGCGGGGCUACCGGAUGGCCUGCGCCCCGGGCUGCCCCGCCUCGCUCCACGAGCUCAUGCUGCAGUGCUGGCGACGGGAGGCUGACGAGAGGCACACCUUCGAGUACCUGCAGUCCUUCCUGGAGGAUUACUUCACCGCCACCGAGCCGCAGUACCAACCCGGCGAGAACCUGUGACAACGCGCACGCACAAGAACUCACGGAACAAAACAAACAUUACAACAACAAGAACAACCGCUGCCUUUUCCCGCAACCUUUCGGGACGGACGAGGAAUCGCGCUUGGACCUCGGCUGAUCGGGCCCUGCAGUGAUGUUGCUUUACUCGGUAACCAUGACAACAAGGAGGACGAUGUAGAUGGUUGGGGAGGAGAGAUGCAACAUGCCACAUGAUCCUCUCUUCUUCCUCAGCCGCCAUAUUUGGUUUGUUCCAUCCAUUCCAGCCUCUUCGGCAUCCGUCCGGACUAAUCAUCCUGUUUUGACAGAGCAAACAUUACGAAGCAUUUGUGUGUGUGUGUGUGUGUGUGUGUGUGUGUGUGUAUAGAUUAUAACAGUGGUUCUCAAACUGAGGUCCCCAGGCAAUGAUUAAAUGCAAUAAAUUAUUAUGUCGUGCCAAUAAAACAAACUUAAUAAACCAAUUACUGCUCUCUAGGUUAGUUUUGGCCAGCUAAAAACUGCGAAAUGAUUGUGACAUACAGUAUCAUCACGUAAAUCUGACAUCCCUGCAUGUAUACAUACAAAAGGAGUAUUAUUACUGGAAUAGAUUUGUUUAAAUUUUUUAUCGUGAACAAAAGGUGUAUUUUUUAAGAACAUAGUCCUCUUUUUUUCCUUUGUAAAGGUUUGAGAACCCUGGGAUUUGACGUCACAAAUUCAAGAGGAUUACUUGAACACAUCAGUGAGUUCUGGUGUUAACAGUUUUUCCAAAUCCAAGAUAUUUUACCUAAAGUCGUGCCGGUGAGUCAAGAGAAAGAGACAGUGAGGAAUGACUUUGAUAUUUUAGAGGUUUUUAAUUUAACACAUCACAAAGACUAUAUCUAUAGCAAAGUCAGCAUUUAUUCAUUCAUUCAUUGGGAGGGCAGGAUGAAAGCGCAAAAAGGGAAAUGUCAUACUUCUGGACUUUUUUUAUUGUACCCUUUUUAUGUGGACUUUAACCCUGUCAUGUUUGUUGUAAUAAAGAUCAGAUAUAUUUGGA